UGGACUAUAGGCCUUGGGUCUGACCUAGCAGGGCUCUUCUUAUGUUCUUAACCCAUGUGUAGUUGCCCUCAGGGCUGCCGCUCACUGCAAUGGGCACCUGCCGGCAGCCCCCAUACCCUUUCCCUCCCUGCCACACAUGUGUGCACAGUGGCGGCAACAGCAGUGGUAGCAGCAGCCUCCCUGAGGGAGCAGUCUAGGAUAGGGUGCCCCGCCCCGCCCACUGCUUAGCUGCCAAUUCUGUACACACGGCAAGGAGAGAAGGGGUGCCGUCAGGUCGGGGGCACGGGUAGCCCAAACACAGGCUGCCUAUAACCUCCCUAUGCCACUGGGUGGAGGGGGGUAGCAGAUGGCUUUGAGCCAAAUGGCAGUUCAGAUGCAGUGGAGCGGGUGGCAGGGUGUUCCUCACAUCCAGCAGCAACCUGGAGGAGGGGAGGAGGGGACAGUCUAUGAAGCAGCAGCUGGAUCGGAGGCCUUUUCCUCCUACCUCAUUAAAAACCUGGAUACAGCUUCUGGGUAAGAUGGCGCCCUCUGAUCCCACUGCUGCAAAACAGAUGAUCCCUUCCUCCUCCUCCAACCUUGUUUUUUAACUCACAAUUAGAAAAUGGAAGCACGUGCAGCCCCUGAAUAUGGGUAUUUGUCCUACCCUAAUUAGGAUCAUGAGGACAGCCCUCUAGGUUCAUUCAUCAUUCUGAAAAAUAAAAUACUCCAUUUAUUUUCCAAUGGGAAAGCUGGGGGCAAAAACCUUUCAAAAAAUAAGGAUCCCUCUCCCACCCCCGAUUUCCCUCCUCCGUAUUCCUGGUCUUUCACAUCAUGAGCUUUGCAACCGCAGGAGUUGGGAUCUUUUGUGGGUUUUCAGCCGCUUGGCAUCACCAGAACCUGCCUCAGAUUUUGCAGUGCUUUUGAUGAAGGAAUCCUAACAGGAACUGCUGGGAGCCAUCUUAGUUUUGAGGGCAGCCUGUAUACUGAUCUAAGGACAGGGGCCAUUUUGAAACUGGGUGAAACCAUGGGAACUACCUAACACAUCCUUUCCAUAUCCUUUUUCACCCUUGAGAGAGAGCAGGUAUUCUAGGUGGAAGAAGGCAGACCUGAGCAUCUCUCUUCAGGAGUGCAAGGUAGAGAGCAAAGCUGCCCUUCUUUCUGAAAAAAAGGUGCAGCUGAACAAUUGCUGUGUCAUUUUUUAAAUUGUGGCCAGAAAAGAGGCCCUACAGGGAAAGAAAAUGGCAGACAACGAGGUGGUUCCCACGAUCAGCAGGAACCGCCAGAUGGGGCUGAGUGAGGAGAGCGGGCUUAGCCGAUCUGGCCGCCCAGGGCAGAAUGCAGCAUCAUCUGCGGGGAGAGCGAGCUAAGCCUGCCUACGACUGCCAGCUCCGUCACGGAACCGGCGGGGGCUUGGGAGUUCAGGGGCCACAAGGCCCCUGGAAGCUCCAUCAUGCUCUGCGCGAGGGACCCCCGAGCCGGGAGGCUGCUUUUUAGCCUCCCGGUCGGGGGUCUCCUCGUGAGUUGCCCUGGUGCGGAGCUGUGCCACAGCAGCACAUGAUCCAUUAACCCCGGUUAGCAGAGCACUCGCUCUGCUAACCUGGGCUAAGAAGAGGGGUACUUAGGGCGGUUUGCUGCCGGGAGCCGCUCGGGUCCCGUGGCUGCACACGACCGCCAAAAAGCGAGCUAGGCUCCCUUAGCCCGCUUUUUGGCUAUUAUUAUCAUCAUUAUUAUUAUUAUUAAUUUGAUUUCUAUACCGCCCUUCCAAAAAUGGCUCAGGGCAGUUUACACAGAGAAAUAACAAACUAAUAAGACGGCUCCCUGUCCCCAAAGGGCUCACAAUCUAAAAAGAAACAUAAGACACACACCAGCAGCUGUCACUGGAGGGAUACUGUGCUAGGGGUGGAUAGGGCCAGUUACUCUCCCACUGCUCAAUAAAGAGAAUCACCACGUUAAAAGGUGCCUCUUUGCCCAGUUGUGAGAACCGCCUCACUAACUCUUUAUCCUUAAAUGCUCCAAAUGCACACAUCUCUUUUCCCAGUCAUUCAGACUUGUCUGUGGCUUAUGUUGGUUGGGAAGGGGGUUUGGAAUUUGAUGGGAAGGCGAGCCUAACAUGAUGCAGCUCUGGUGGUCCUGUGUUGUAUGUCUUCAGGGCUUCACACCUGGCAGUGCCUGGUUGGCUGUGAGCUGAGCAAAGAUGGGAAGCGGGAAGGAAGGUCCAUGCAAUGCGGCUACGAUGGGAGGGACUUCAUCAGCCUGGACAAGGAGACCUUCACCUGGAUAGCAGCUGAUGACAAGGCACAAGUGACCAAGAGGAAGUGGGAGGCUGACCCAAGCAUUGCUCAGCACUGGAAGCCAUACCUGCAGAAGGAGUGCUUUGAGAAGGUGCAGAAAUACCUGGACUAUGGAAAUAAAAGCCUGCUGAGGACAGAGUCCCCAGAAGUGACGGUGGCACGCAAGCUGGGCCAUGAUGGCCUGGAGACCCUCAUCUGCCGAACGGAUGGCUUCUACCCCAAGGAGAUCGAUGCCACCUGGAGGAAGGACGGGGAGGUCUGGGAGCACGAGACCCUCCGUGGGGGUGUCACUCCCAACUCAGAUGGGACCUACCACACCUGGCUCAGCACUGAGCUUGACCCCAAGGACAGGAAAUUAUACCGGUGCUGCGUGGAACAUGACGGCCUUCCAGGGCCUCGGUGCUUGGCCUGGGAGGAGCCUGCUUCGUUGUCCACCGGUGUCAUUGUCACUAUCUGCAUUUUGGUUCUGCUGGGCAUCUGCAUUUUGGUUCUGCUGGCCAUCCUAUGCAUCAGGAAAUCCUGGUCUAGCCGAGUAACUGCCGAACCAACUCCAGAACUACAGAACUACAGAACUACAGACCAACAGCAUUAUGCAGUAGAAAUGAUUCCACUAUUCCUAUAAUUAACACCUUGUUUCAAGCAAUGGCAAAAGGACAUAACCAAAUUUGUUUGGCAAGGGGAAAGACCAAGAAUUAAAUUUAAAAAUUUAACAGAUGCUAAAGAAAGAGGUAGUCUUACCCUGCCAGAUUUAAGGUUGUAUUUUGAUGCUGUUUGUUUGACGUGGUUAAAAGAAUGGAUAAUAUUAAGAAAUCCCAGAAGACUUGAUCUGGAAGGAUUCGAAAGAAGGUUUGGAUGGCAUUCAUAUCUGUGGUUUGACAGCAGCAGCAGCUAAAGGAUAAGAGCUCUUAGAACAACCUGCUUCCGAUCCCUGAGCCCACUUUUAUUUUCUUCAUCUGGCUGUGGUGGACAGUGGCGUGUCUGGGGAAAAUAGCGCCUAGGGCAAGCACUGAAAUUGCGCCCCGUCCACAUCUGACAUCCAUCUUUCAGAUAACUUUACCAUAAUAUAAGCUCAAAAAUACAAGUCAAGCUUAUUAAUCUUUUAAUUAACAAAUUAUGCACUACCUGAAAAUUAUAACUGCACCUUCCUUGCUUUCACUGACGCAUAUGAUAGUUUGAGACUAAUUAACAGAGGCCACGGGGAACCUUGAGGGUGGAUCCAGCAGCAGCAAGUACUACAGAGAGAUCUUCUAAGCAGUUUUCAGGACAGACUACAUCCAGAAGGGUUAUUGGCAGAAAACUAGGAAACUAAGUCAGUGAGCUUUAUAGGCCACAGGGAUGAUCCAGUCAAAGUUAUGCACAUUUAAGUCUCAGUUAUUUCAACAGAAGGGCUACACAUGUGCUUACAUAUUUCAUAUUAAGAUGGUAUUUAACAGUUCUUAUAUCUGCUUGGAUGUCUACCAGUCUAAUUAAGCUGUUAAUCCUAAUGAAGUCAAUUAAGAAAGUUGCUAAGGGUUCUUUUAAACUGUGCAGUAUUAUCAGGGGCGUAACUACCAUUAGGCAAGGGGAGACAGUUGUCUUGGGGCCCCACUGCCUCAAGGGGCCCCCCAAAGGCACGUUACAUGACUCCCCACCCGCCCAUGUUGCACCCCCUAUGAAUUAUGUUGAGUCUCUUGGAGAUCGGCAGUAGAAGAGAGUUAAAAAACUAGAUUCAAUGUGCACUAGAUAUUCACCGUAUUCAUAAUGGGGAUGUGAGUGCACUAUAUAUUGUGAAGUGUGUUUGUGUGUGUAUAUCAGUGAGGGGCCCAUUUUAAAAUCUUGUCUCUGGGCCCCCUCCAAGCUUGCUACACCCCUGAGUAGGAUGAUGAUUACUCACCAGAACAACUAUAAUACAAUCUCCCUGGAGUAAUGUGCUAUGUAUAUAGUCCAAUGUAUACACUAGUUAAAGCACAGUGCUUUGAUUUAAGCAGGUGUUUAUAUGACAUCUCCCUAAUUGCUAUUAAUUCUCAUUUUCCAGGGAUACAAUUCUCAAGAUGAGAUGCUUUAUGGUAUAAAGACACGACCCAAGCAGACUAACUAACAUUUGGUGGAAAUCAAUUAGAUGAGGGCCAAGCAAAAUGUCACAAGUGUUAAACAAACUUUCAAAUUCUCCAGAACUCUUAAUUUUUUUAAACUGACUGUUAAGCAAAGCAAAAAAGGGAGGGAGGGUUGGUGGGGAGAGCAUAAUUCUACAAGUCUGCAGUUUAUAACAGUUUGAGCUAUAGGGUGAGUUAAGCAGACUCCUGUUGAUCAAAAGCUUGUUUAAGAUGUUUUGUUUUGGUUUGGUUUGGUUUGGUUGAUUUUAGUAGCUUAUGGCUUUUGGUUCUGUUCUAGGUGGACCAUCACAGUCAAAUGUCUAUGUACAAUUUCAAUUUUUAAAGUAACUUCUGUGGGUCAGGACUUGUUUAAAUCCAGUGGUUUUGCCUGAUGUAACUGGUGUAUAUAAAAUUGUUGAAAGAGCUUCAUAGUCCAAAAAUAAUUCCAAUCACAACUAUGACACUUCUCAGGAAACAAAGUGCUGCGUACACGCACGCACACACACACACACACACACACACACACACACACACAGGAACAGACACGAGAUCACAACUUUCUUCUAAAUUUCACUUAAAUCUCCUUUAAGUCCAAAGCACAGACACAGCAGAAAGUGUAGCUAUGCUUACCUAAUGUUAAUAUAUUUUGAUAAUUCAAAAAAGUUUAUUCUUAAAAAGUUGAAACUCAGGAAGAAAUUGAUUUUCCAUAUAUAUUGCUGCUUCUGUGUGUUUUACCUGUGAAUAGUUUUUUGUGUUUGCAUUUUAUAGAUUUUAAAUUAGAUUUGUUUCAUAUUUUUAGCUUAAUAUUUUUAUUGUCAUUUUUAUUGUAUGUUUUUUAACUUUUGUAAACCGCCUUGGGGUUGUUUUUAAUGAAAGGCGGUAUAUAAAUUUAACAAUAAAUUAAAAUAAAAUAAAAUAUACUUGAAAUUUAA